UCAUGAUAUAGUCAAUAAAAUACAGAAUAAUCUUAGGAUUUAAUAGUGUAUACACUCAUUAGUCAUCAAUAGGCAUCCUAGCCAAGGGCAGGUAAUUCCGUAUAGCACUGUCAUAACUAAAUAUAGGAUUCUAAAAAUAAAUAUGUGUUCCGUUACUUGCACAGUAAACAAAUCGGACAGGACGUCAUUAACGAUUGAAGAAUGAUGACCGAUAGCUCAAGUGACCAGGACGGCCGUGAUUUUAGCUAUCUUCCCACAAUUGCCUGGGUCAAUAUCUUAGAUCAUCUAAACUUGAAUGAUAAAUACCGUGUCUCUACCACGUGUUCAAAACUAAAUGAAGCUUUCAAUCAUCCAACUUUAUGGCGGAAAAUGACGUUAUUCAUAAUGGGAAACAUGGAGAACUAUGGGCUACACAGCCAAGUGAUGAUACCAGCCCAAAACAUCAAACUGGUCAAACGUUUUGGAAAGUACUUCCAAAAUUUAACUUUUGUUAUUAGCGGUCAUUUAAAUGAAGACUUUGGUGAUUGGAAUGAUCUCGUGGAGGAGGUUACCAAACAAUGCCGGUUGGAAACGUUAACGCUUUACGUAGGAAUCGUGACGUCAAUGCGUCAUUUCUCUGGAUAUAGGUCUUGUGGUCGAAAUCUUAUACCCCUUGUGAAUUUUGUAAAGAAUGCAUUUCGUCUGAAAAACCUUAACAUUAUAUCUUGGCCAAUGUUUCCUCGAAACUUGCAAAACCAUGACGAAAAUAUUUUCGAAGCAGCGAUGGUAAACAUUAAGCUUAAGGAUCUUGAGAAUCUGAGUUUGUUUUGGUCAAACACAAACAGCUGGACAGAAAGGCAACCAAUUCUUCUAUCACCCAACGAAACGGUAGUUCUUGUAAACCACUUCAGUAAUCUCAAACACUUGGCUCUCCGUUCUCCAAUGAUGGAUGAAAACAUGCUGAAUGUUUUAUCCCAAAGACAGAGAAGCACAUUACAACGUCUAAGAAUACUUGUCAAUUACAUUUCUAACGACCCAGACUUCGAAAUACCUGAAAUUUCAGACAUGGCUUGGGAGAACUUUUGCUUGAAGAAUGUUGGUGUACAGGUGGAACUGACAAUAAUGUCUCGCGUUUCUCUCGUCGAAUUGUCAAAUUUAUUAAAACCGGCCUGUCCAGUUUAUGUGACAAAAUUUAUGGCUUAUUCUCGUUGUGAUGGGAAUGUCGUACAAUAUCUGACGGAUAAGUACAAGAAAACACUCACAUGCUUCGAAUCUUUUGGAGAAGACUCCUGUUUUGAAAAGGAGCUUGUUAACAUGGUAGAAAAGUCACCCAACCUACUAAAACUGGUGUACCGCGGAAACAUCAACUGUCAAAAUGUAGAAUGCUUGGCAGCGCUACGAUCGAGGUCAUGGGUGACCUUCGAUAUUUUAAGAGAGAAUAUCUAUGUGGAAGAAAAUAACAUCGAAAAUAGAUAUGAUGAAAAUGAAGUAAUUGCAAAAGGCCCGGAUGGAACUUAUGUCCUUGUGGCGAUGCUCAAGUUUCACCAGAAAGAACAGUCGAGGUUGUGUAAGGAGGCUAGAGAAGACGAAAUGAUCGACAACGUCUCGAGUCACUUGGGACGCAAAUGGUUUCCAACAUCCAGGAAAUCUACAAAAUUGGAUACUCCGUUGAUAGUGUAGUUAAGAAGAGAAGUGGAGCAGACUUUUGAUAACAACUGAGAAAUAAUAGGAACAAUAAAUUUACUUUAUACACAUACAAAAGUUCAGUGUCAUCUAGACAUUAUUCUCUUUUGAAUGCGUACAACGUGCAUUAAAAUCAAUUUUUCGCGCAAUUUUUUGGACGCCUCCAAGGAUUAACUCAUUUAUGUAUAUAUUGUAUGCAUGUUCCAUGUACUCUAUAACUUGUAAUUGUACUUUCACUACCUGUAUUUUUCUAGUCAGUCUCAAAGGGGAUAACACUUUACCUGACACCUAUGUACAUGUUUCAACAGGUAUUGUUUAUUCAGGUGACCCCUCUUAAUGAUUUGUUAUACAUUUUACUUAACAAUUUACCUUAUGUCAUUCAAUAAAUGACAUAUUCGACAAAACUGCA